AGCGCGGACUGUGUAUGGUUGUCAGGUUCACUGUACAAAACAUUGUAUUCCCAGUAACAAGCAGUGAAAAUGGAUCUGAGCGCAGUCAUUAAAACUGUCGAAGCAGGGUACCAGAAUGCUGCUAUGAAGGCACUACAAGUGUUCAAUAAAGACAAAUGCCAGUGUUUCACUUUCGAUGGUGAUGGAAGAGUAGAAAGGCAGCAGUUGGGGAAGCUGGUGAUCCAUUUCUUAGAGAGGGACCUGCAGCCGUCCUGCCAGCUAGCCUGCCUGGAAACCAUCCGGAUUCUGUCCCGGGACAAAAACUGCUUGGAGCCGUUCGCCACCCAGCAGGCCAUUCAGACCCUGGGCCGGCACGCGGGCAUUGAGCACAGCGAAGGCGUCACCUCUGAGAUCCCGGACCUGGAGGUGAUCGUGGAGGCCCUCAAGUGCCUGUGCAACAUCAUCUUCAACAGCCCGAGAGCGCAGGAGGUGGGGGCCGAGCAGCGGCUCAUCGUGGGCCUCACCGAGCGACUCAAGCUCUACAACGACCGGCACUGGAGCCACGAGGUGCGCUUCUUCGACCUGCGGCUGACCUUCCUGUUCACGGCACUGAGGGUGGACGUGCGCGGGCAGAUGGCUCACGAGCUGCGGGGGGUCAGUCUGCUGUCUGAUGCCCUAGAGAGCACCCUGGGCCUGCGCUGGCUCGACACCUUCGAGGUGGCACGAGCAGACAAAGGAGACGAGGGUCUGCCCUUGCCCCGCCAGGAGACAGAGCGCACCAUGGAGAUCCUCAAGAUCCUCUUCAACAUCACCUACGACACCAGCCGUCGCGACGUGGACGAGGAAGAAGCUGCUCUUUACAGGCAUCUCUGUGCCAUCCUUCGCUUCUGCCUAAUGACCAAAGCAGAUGGAGAAGAUAGGACAGAGGAGUUCCACAGUCACACGGUGAAUUUGCUGGGGAACCUGCCUCUGAUGUGUCUGGACGUGCUCCUAGCCCCGAGGGUCCAGCAGGGCUCUGUCGAGUACAUGGGAGUGAAUAUGGACGUGGUCAGCAUGCUGCUAGACUUCUUGGACCGGAGGCUCGACCGUGAGCACAAGCUGAAAGAGACCCUGACUCCCUCCCUGAACCUGCUGACUGAGAGCGCCCGGGUCCACAGGGAGACCAGGAAGUUCCUGCGGAUGAAGAUCCUUCCACCUCUGCGGGACGUGAAGAAUCGCCCUGAAGUGGGGAGCUCCCUGCGGAACAAGCUGGUGCGCCUCAUGACUCACAUCGACACAGACGUCAAGCACUGCGCUGCCGAGCUGCUCUUCGUCCUCUGCAAGGAGAGCGUAUCCAGGUUUGUGAAGUACACCGGGUACGGAAACGCGGCUGGCUUGCUGGCGGCGAGGGGCCUCAUGUGCAGCGGGAGAGGGAAGGGCAGGUACUCAGAGGAUGAGGACACGGACACAGAGGAGUACAGAGAAGCCAAACCAAACAUUAACCCUGUAACGGGGCGUGUGGAGGAGAAGCUGUCUAAUCCGAUGGAGGGGAUGACAGAAGAACAGAAGGAGAACGAAGCAAUGAAAUUAGUGAAUAUGUUCGACAAAAUGUCCAGGGAUCAAGUGAUUCAGCCCAUGGCAGUGGGCUCUGAUGGGAAAGUAGCGAGUUUGGAAUCAGCUAUGCAAAGACUUUCAGAACAGAGGUCGUCUUCUGGCUCUGACUCGGGCCCUGACUAAAAGAACGGCAAGAGUGUUUAGUUUGUUUCUAUUUAGGAAGGGUGCUGUGUACAGUUGACAGUGGUUGCAUAAAGACUCUUUUCUCAGUUAGUUUACUUGCUGUUUUGUCUGGUACAAUCUCUGUACAGCUGUACAGUUUGGAAACCAUUCCGGCAAGAGAGAGAAAAAAAAAAAAGAAAUUAUCCUGAUUAGUGGUAAAAUUCAGUGUUCCCAUCAACCUCUAAUCCAUAGGGCACAUACUUCCAGAGUCUGCUGGGUGGAUCAGUUGCUGGAGAGGUGGAGCUUUGCAUUUUUUUAAGGCAACAUCUUCUUCCUCUACACCGCAAGGCUUUAAUAAAUGGAAAUCCAACUCUUUUUUUAUAGAUAAUCAUCCUGACCAACUUUAGUGCACUGCAUGUCAAUUCCCAACUCAUCCUCCCAGCAAUGGCUUCAGCUGUAAGGGAGUUGCUCGCUGCUUGAGUGUCCACAGUUUUGACUGGUUGUGCUGCGUGCCAUUUUUGUGCAGGUUUCAGUAGAAUUUUGUCACUAUGUUGCACAUUUGUAGUGGUUUAUCUGAAUGUUACCAAGUACAGAACUGUAGUACAGUGUACUCAAGGAGCCUUGCAAGACUGGUGGAGAGACUGACCAACCUAAAAUGUGAACUCCUAGGCUGCUGGAAUUAGACAGUAGUCUCAUCUCUGCAGUGAGCUAUAGCUGGGGGAGGUUGUUGGCAACCAGCUUCCAUGCAUUGUUUUUGUCAUAGGGGA